AAGAGGCGGGGCCUGCGGGAGAAGAUGGCGCCGUCCGUAGUGCUGCGCUCGCUUUCGCGGCUGCUGGCCCCCGCCCGGCUGCCAAGCUGCUCUUCAACACGGUCGAAGUUCUAUGUCCGGGAGCCAGUCAAUGCCAAACCUAACUGGGUGACAGUUGGGCUGUCGGUGGGCGCCUCGGUUUUCAUGUGGAUUUAUCUCACCCGAACACACAAUGAAGAUGUUUUAGAGUAUAAAAGAAGAAAUGGAUUGGAAUAAACUUUGGAAAUACUACAGUCAGCUUCCUGUGAUGAUCACAGCCCUUCCUCUGGAUUCACCCUCAGUUACGGAUAUGAGAGAAAAGUUACAUGUGAAUGUGAAUCACUCAAGUCAACACAUUUUGCAUGGUUAAAUUAAAGAAAUAAAAAUACUUGCGCUCUUCACAUGUAGGAUGGAAUCAUUGCUCA